AUGCGUUUUCAACCUCAGAUUACCGCUUUGGUCUUGGGGACAGUUGUAACAUCCAGCCCAGUCUCCACGGACACAGGGUGCAACGUCAGCCAAUAUGUUAACGUACUUACUACUAGUGGUACUAUUACUGGACACGUUCCAUCAAACUCGAACUGUGUCGUCGAGUUCUUGGGCAUUCCUUAUGCGCAGCCACCGGUCGGGCAACUGCGAUUCGAAGCUCCCAUCAAGCUCAACGCUACUUUGAAACCUUUGAUCGCUGCAAAUUAUGCCGCAGACUGUCCUCAUGCAACCUCAAAUCUUUCAGGCUACCCAGGUUUCACUGCACAGGGCCCAAAGUGCGUUGCUGACUUCCUAGUUGAUGCUGGUACCCCUCAGAGUGAGGAUUGCCUAUAUUUGAAUGUCUGGACUAAAGCAACUAGCGUAGCAGAUGCUACCAAGCCCGUGUUGGUAUUCUUCUUUGGAGGAGGAUAUAAUUAUGGAGGUACUGACACUGCUUUCUACAACGGCAAGUAUUUUGCGGACGCGCAGGACGUCGUGGUUGUUACGGUCAACUAUCGAAUUGACGUCUUCGGCUUCCCUGGAGCCCCAAGCCAACCGGCCAACCUCGGUCUCCGCGAUCAGCGCGUUGGUGUUGAAUGGGUUCGCGAUAACAUUGCUGCGUUUGGUGGCAAUCCUGAUAAGAUCACCAUAUUUGGACAGUCUGUUGGGGGUGAAGCAGUCGACUUUUGGGCCUAUGCAUACGAGCAAGAUCCCAUUGUCAGUGGCAUCAUCGCCCAUUCUGGCAACGCUUUUAGUUUUCCGUUCAAUAGUGCCGCUACUGUUGAGAAAAAUUGGAAUUCUAUUGUAGCUGGUGUAAAUUGUACUAAUAGCGAGGAUCAAUUGGCUUGCGUGCGGCAAGCUAACUGGCAGGAUAUUCUGGCGGUUUCGGAAACAAUUAGACCUCUUCCAAGCGACAACUUCUUGAGGUCUAUCUCCCAUUUCUCUCCCUUCCCCGAUGAGGAGGUUGUCUUUUCUGACUACAUCAAUCGAACCAUUGAUGGUAACUUUGCCAAGGUACCCAUCAUGUUUGGAAAUACGAACAAUGAAGAUGGCUUCUAUCGCCUCGUUCCAUAUGCCCUAACAGGUCAGCUACCGACUUCUCAAGAUGUGACCAGAUUUCUUCUCGAGUCUUUCACUUGUCCGGUAACAUUUCAAGCUGGGGCUCGUCGCAGUCACGGCGUUCCGGCAUGGACCUUCCGAUAUAUGGCCGACUGGGAUAAUACUCGCCUAUACAGUAUAAACGGCAGUACGAGCGGUGCCUACCACAUGGUCGAUUUGCACAUGAUCUUCGGGGCUUCAGAGGAUAUUACCGGACUGCCAACGACAGUUGAUCAAAGAAACUUAACACGGAUUAUGCAAACAGCUUGGGCGUCCUUUGCUGGUGAUCCUGUUGACGGUCUUACCGGCUUGGGGUGGCCACAAUUUGAACAGAAUAAGGAUUCGUACAUUUUACUUGGCGCAAACAACACCCCUUCUGUCCAGUUUGUGACUCCCUCAGACUGGGACACUCCAUGUUCUACUGUAACCUUUGGCCUUUUCGGCACUUCUACAGCAAUACCUUCUUCUUAA